AUAAUUUAAACAAAAAUAACGAGCCGAAUUUUAAUAAUUUUCCAGUGCCACCAUUGCCAGAUAAAGAAAAUUUGCUACAAGCACAUUGCGUGAAAAAUGAUAAUCAUUCCGACUUGCGAAAAGAAAACCACGAAUUACGCCAACAAUUAGCAGAGGUUAAAAAGCAGUUAGCCGAAGUUUUGGAGGAAUUGCGAAAGUUGAAAAAUAAUUCAUCCGGUUCGGAUAGCGAAAAAUUGGAACAACAAAUAAUUCAUAACGAAAAAUUGAUUAAAAACAGUGAAGCGGUUUCGGUAAACGAAAUUAAAGACCAGAUUAAUAAAUCGCAAGCAUUAAUGAAUAAAGUUAGUGCUACUGGUGUUCCAAACAAAGAUGAUAAAG